UUUCUGUCUUAUGUGGCAUUCUCAUCCGUGGCCAUAAUGGAAGUGGACAAAGGGAGCACCUCGCGUCGUGUGUUUGUAUAAAGACCAGGCCUUUUGCGGUUCACCACGAGCAACACCCUCGAACUGCAUUUCCAUCCGAAGGACGACAUCUCCUUCUCAUAUAUCGUCAGCACUCCCAAGCUCCCCCCGGCUUCGAGUUAUGCAGCCAAUGAUAGAAGUCACUGAAGAAGGAUGUGUCCAGAGGACGUCAAAUGAUACUCACCCGGUUUCCGAAAGCGCCAUUGCAAACGCUCACGAAGAGAACUCUGAUAGAAUUCAAGUCCCCCCAGACAGCGACAGGGCCCUCAAUGACCCUUCGGAGGAUACGACGAGAGGCGAUCGCAAUGAGAGGACAGAGUCGAUGGUUCCCGCUCCGGUCGUCCGCCAUAUCCAAGGAACUAGACUGCAAGCUCCGCCCGACGCCAACUUCUUCUCUCUUGCUUCCCUGGCGGUCUCCCCUGACGGGAGAUACGUCGCAGUAGGCUCCGAACAAGGCUUCGUCUUCGUGUGGUAUGCCGUCACCCGGGAGCUAAUGUAUCGCUUCGGGGAUCACAUUAAUCCCGUCUACGCUCUGGAGUUCUCACCAGACAGCUCGGUUUUGGCGUCCAGUUCACGCGGAUGGAUUGUUGUUCUGUUCGAUGUUGCCAGAGGGACAACAAAGCUGGCUGUUCAUUCGAGCGAUGAAGUUUCGUUCCAUUUCUUCGCGUGGACCAGUGAUGGGCGCACACUCGCAUCGGCCUCAAUGCGAUCCAUGAUUUGCCUCUGGGACAUCGAUGCCGACCCACCGUGUAUGCGUGCACAAUGCAAAGGCUGUUUCGCUGCAACCAUGGGGAUAGCCUUCUCACCUGACAACUCAAAGCUUAUGAGCACCUGCGCAGAUGUGUCCGUAUAUAUGUGGGACACUCAGAGCGGGACCUUGCUCAGCAAAUCCAGCGAUCCAGAUUAUGAUGGCAUCAUUUUAGUGGCUGCUUUCUCUCCCGAUGGACGGCGUGUCCUGACGGGCGAUGGUGGUGGCGAUGCUCGUAUUUGGAGCGUCGACACUGGCGAGGUGCUGACAACCAUCCCGCAACUCCCCAUCGAAGUGUCGGCGGUGACGUGGUCUCCAGAUGGGAAGCGAGCAAUGAGCGCAUGCAACGAGGGUGUCGUGAACACCAGCUACCCAGACGAAGAUGGACGCGUGGAUUCAGUGCAUUUGGACGGCGUGGAUCGCUGGCCAGUUUUCUCGAGCGACGGGAAGUUUAUCACGACAUGCGGAACGGACGGCGACAUGAGGAUCUGGAGGGUCGACGAUGGGGCACUAAUGGCAAUUCUACAUGGACAAAGCCGACCUCCUCUAUUCAUAAAAUGGUCUCCUGAUGGCUCGAUCAUCGUUACGGGCGAGCUCGACGGCUUAGUGAUGCUGUGGGAUGUAUCGGAGGUAGAUGAUGCCUGACCACAGUAUUGUGAUAUGAGGGACGUGGAUAAGAAAUAUAAGAUGGCGGGAAGCGUGCGUAGUCAUUGCUAUACGUAUUCAGGUAGCCGGCGGAACGUUCGUAAUACUAUGAAAAC